AACCGUUAGAGUAAAAUUCCUGUAUCGACAGAUAACAGACAUUUGCAAGAUGAGUGUCUCCAUGCCACAGAAGCGUUAUUACCGACAAAGAGCCCAUUCUAACCCUAUGGCAGACCACACUUUUGAUUACCCAGUUUGCCCAGAGGAAAUGGAUUGGUCACAGCUUUAUCCCGAGUUUUUUAGCCCUCCAGAUGAUCUCUCAGGCCAAACGAGGACACGAAAUGCGCGAGUAGAGCUCGCUGACAUUGGCUGUGGAUAUGGCGGACUUCUCGUUGAGCUAUCACCACUCUUCCCUGACCAGCUGAUCUUAGGCCUGGAGAUUAGAGUCAAAGUUUCAGACUAUGUCCAAGAUCGCAUUCGCUCCCUUCGCGCAGCUGAACCAGGGAAGUACCAGAAUAUUGCCUGUCUCCGCAGCAAUGCCAUGAAAUACCUUCCCAACUUCUUUGGCAAGGGACAGCUCAGCAAGAUGUUCUUCCUCUUUCCUGAUCCUCACUUUAAGAAGACCAAGCACAAAUGGAGGAUCAUCAGUCCGACCUUACUGGCCGAAUAUGCCUACACACUCAGAGUUGGGGGUUUGGUAUACACAAACACAGAUGUGGAAGAGGUGCACCUUUGGAUGGUGAAGCACUUCACUGAACAUCCGCUGUUCUGUCGGGUUCCUGAGGAAGACCUGGCUGAUGACGUCAUAAUCAGUCGUCUGGGAACGUGCACUGAAGAGGGUAAGAAAGUCCAGCGGAACGGUGGGAAAAACUUCCUUGCUGUUUUUCGCAGGGUGGAAGACCCAAACAUGAGCCCUCAUGAAGCAAAAUGAAAGCACAGACAAGAGCAAAAAUAUGGAGGUAGCAACUGAGUGAAACUCAAAUCUUGCUCAUUCAUCCUAGAGCGACUCACAUGCCAGAUAGAGAAUCGGUCAUUCAAAAAUGCUUGUUCAAAACGUGGCCGGUUUCCCACACUGAACUGCUAGCCUUGACAAACAGAAGUGAUCCAAAGGUUUACAGUGAAGAGUCUGAAAAGAACAAGGGUGUUGUUUUUUGUUUUUAUUGCCUUGAAUGAUACAUUUAAAACGUGAUUUGAGGCUGUUUUAUUUGUAAGUGGUGGAGACAUUGUUGUCUCCAGAUAUUAUGUGUCUUAUUUAGCGAAAAUAAACAAAGACUGGCG